GUGGUUUUGAAUGUGUGCCGGUGAUGAAAACUUAUUUUUUCCGCUCACUGAUGUCAUCCUCUGUGAACAGAAGCAACAACAAGGCAAAAGAAGCAACCACCCACGCAAGCACACUGAUCCACUGCUAUCCAUCCAGUCUUGCACUGCCAAGCAUGAGCGACGAGGAGGAACUGAGGGCUGUUGAGGCGAAAGGCGACGCCCUUGCCACGGAAGAUGAAGUCGUGAAGGCGUUUGAGGGCGCCAGCGAAGCAGACAACGAAGAGGCGGCCAAGCUGGCGGAGCAAGAGCUGGAACACGAUGCUGCUCGCGAGGCAGUGGUGACCGAACCGCCAAAGGACCGCGGCAUCUUCGAACGCGCCGUGAAAAAGGUGCUGGACCUGCGCGAAGUCUACGAGGCGCUGGGGUACCGCCUCUCCUCCUGGGGCUAUCUGGGCGUGAGCGUGGGUACCAGUGUUGGCAUCAGCAUCGGCCUUGAGCCCAUCCCCGACGCAAAGCCCAAGGAAAACGUGCAAAAGGAAGACGCGUCCAUGCUGCAAUCCGUCGUGAUUGGCCUGAUUAAGCGCGUCAAUUCCGUUCUGGACGAUUUGCAGCAAUCGUCAAUGAGGCUGUCUCGCCUAACCAUCUCCCUCGCUGGCAUUGGCCUGGCCAUUCCAAGCGCCACCGCCUCCCUCACGUUCGCAGACAUCCCCGAAGACGAAAAGAAGAAGGAGGACAAAGACCAGCAUGAAAAGGAGAAGGAGACACGGCAGAAGGCUGGCGGGUCACUCUUGUCCAAGUAUGCGCAGCAGCUGUCGGAGUUUGUGCAGCGCCCGUUCACCGCCACCACGGCUCCACUUGUGCGCACGCUGCUGGAUGAGGUGCUUGACCUUCGUCGCUUCUUCUCCCAGAUGGGCCUGACUGUCGGCAAUCUGGACGGCACCUCCGGCUGGCUCACUGCGCGCAUCGGCACCUAUUUCGGCCUCGGCUUCAGCGUCCAGUUUCUGGAUGCAUUUAGCGCGGACCAGGAGCUGCCGGAAGGACUGACGCUUCUCCAGCGCGCGGUCCUCUCUGCCAUGCUGACGUCACACUCGCUGGCCGUCAAGUCCACCGCAGGCAUCCUCACGCCCCAGAAGAUGUACGUGUCCCUCUCCGGCAUUGGGCUGGCCAUCCCAAGCGUGACCACCACGGUGUACAUGGCCAAGGCAGACGCUGCACAGGAGGAAGCACUGCAGUCCCUCGCCGCCACGCUCGCCGAAGAGGCAAAACCAGCGCCAGAGGAGCAGCAGCAACAGCAGGCCCAAGGCACACCCGAGCAACAAGGCAGCGGGCACGCGUUUGUGCUUGACAGCGAUGAUGCCGAGGACUCCAGCGGAUCUGCCGUUGCCCGUCUCACCCGCGCCACCAUCCGCACCAUCUACGCAUCAGGCGAGGCGGCAGGCAAGGUGCUGCAAGCGACGACCGACGCCAUCAAGUCCUCUGCCCAGCGCAUCUCCCGCGUCGCCACCGCCCCCGUCUCGGAGGCACUUCGCAAUCUCCUCACCGUGCAGGACGUUUCAGAUGCGAUGCCGCUGCAGUUGGGCAAGCCAUGCCUCUCUCUGACGUUUGGCACACAAGUUGGGGCUGGGCUUCGCUUUGUUGAGCGCCCUGGCAUGAACGUGCUGCGCGACAAACCGACCAUCACCGUGAACAGCUCCAGCCACGUCGCUGUGCAGCAGCUGGUGCGCGGACUCAACUUCCUGCAGAGCGUGCCCGGUGUGCUGGCCGUUCUCCGCAAGGACCACGCCCACGCAGACCUCGUCACCCUCUCCUUCUCUGGUCUUGGACUGGGGAUCCCCGCCAUCUCCACAGGCAUCUACCUGGGCUACAAGGACUGAGCGCAGGCUGCACUGUCAUCAAUGCAUGGCGCGCAAGCGGCCGUCCGCCAUUGUUAUGGCAUGCGCGCGAUUUCCCACUCUUGCUCUUUGACUUGCUCACACACAUGCACACACACGCACACACGCACACACACAUACACACAUACACACGCACAUACACACACACACAUUUUCACACAUACCCAUACCCUCUCAUACAAACGACCCCAGUCUUUUCUUCUCUCCCUCCCUACCUCUGACCCCUGGUGAUCUGUUCAGUGCCACACGUUGUUUUGUAACGGGCAUGUGUUUAACAGCGCGAAUGCGCACACAUUGAACGCCAACAUAUCAUCUGACGUGGGAAAAAAAACGACGUGGGUGAACCGUAAUGAAACGGAC